CCCAAGGUGUAUGGAGGUUGCGAAGCAAUGGGUGAUGGUUUGACAGGGGACGUGGGUGGGUUGUGGUUAUAGGAGAAUCCUAAUAUCGUUGAAUUUAAAAUAUGCUAUUCUCUCAUUGUUGCGUGUUUGACUGCCGGGAGGCUUGAUAUGAUAAUGAGAUUCGUGGACUUAUAAAAAAAAAAGCGAGUAACCCAGGAUAAUUUAUGCAGAGCUGAUCAUAAAGUGAGACAUUUGUAACCACAAUUUAGAACAGCGUUUGAGUUUGACUUCAUCAUAUAAUACCCUCUCUGGGACGAACCGCGCAAAAUGAUCCUCCCCUGAAUAAUCAAACCCCUAUGAAGCGGAAAGAACGUGUGAUUGCUCCUUCCCUGAAUAACCAACCACCACCCCAUAUAGAGUGGAAAGAGCGUGUCUCACUCCUCCACCGCUCCUUCCUUCUCUUUCCACAAACAGGCUCCACAAUCAAGCUCCAAAACCCAAGCAAACCGCAUCACCAAGACCAGUCAGUCAACUACAAACCCACUCUCGUCACGCCUCUUCAGCAACCCACCUCACAAUACCCCACACCGCAACCCGGCCACCACAAUGUGUUACCGUAGCUGCAUCAGCUACAGUGGCUGCGGCUGCGAAGUCCCGCGCCCGACGUUCAAGUGCGAGGAGCGCAUGAAGCUGGAGCAGAACGCUACGACGAAGGAGAUGAUGAGCGAGGAAGUUACGAGGAGUAAAGUUCGGUGUGACUUUGAGUCGAUGGUUGAGGACGUGCAGUUCCGAUUUGGGGUUUGUCUGGGGUGUGAGGAGCUGUCAAUGGAUGAUUGGGGGGAGGGGAUGGGGAAGGGGGCGUUGGGAAAGCUCUAGUGUUGGUAUCGAGCUUUGUUUGCUGAGUCAAACUCGCCAGACAUCAUGCGGCUUGGUAUCCAUUACGGUUUCUGCAUAGCGGUUGAUGGUUUUCGUUUUAUUGAGAGAUGUUAUUCAUGCAAGGAUUUUUGAUGUGCCGCUACAGAGGAGUAUUGGGGGGACUGGGAUGGCAUCAGAGCGUGGUGGCGUGGAAACAAGGGG